GUGGCUAAUGUGGUUCCAAACAGUUCUUUAAUAGUCGCAAGUGUGUACAUUGUUGAUUUCUUUUUCAAAAUAAAUGCCAAGUUAUAAUUUCGCUAUAAUAGUUAAAGCGAGUUAUUUAAAACUUGAACGUUUGCUUAUGCUUAAUAUACACAGUUUAAACUGAAUUUGUGUACAAUACCGUUCAGAUUUGGGUUCAACAUAUCUACAGAUACUUGGGUAAAUAACCUACGACAAGUUAAUUCUAAAUAGUUACAAUGUAUCUAAUUUAGUCGUGCUUAUAAUUCUUGUAUUUUCGAGUAAAGUUAAAUCCCGACUAGAUGAAAACUGUUCUUCUCAGUCGUUAAUUUAAACUAUUUUACACUUACGUCAUGGUCCUUGCUGGUCGUAAUUCCAGUUUUAUUUCCCGCAUACUUUAAUUUCUACACUUUUCUUAAUGUUUGCCAUAUUUGAUAAACCAUAUUAAAAAUAAUGAUAAUUGAUAUUACUUUUUAAAUGCAAAUGGGUGAAAAGAAAAUGUCUUCUUCUAGUGCAUGUGUGAUUCCACUAGAGCAGACCUUCUGUGAUGUUUGGUCCAAAAUAUAUUCAGAAGAAAAAAAGGUCAAACUGUGAAAAUGGAGAUGGUCAAGCACCUAAAAAAGCAGCUACAGGACCUGGACUUGGACCUGGACCAGGACCUGCAGCGCAUUAUCCUCUUGCUAAAUAGCAGCAUCAAUGCCUGUCUGAGCUCAGCAGCAGCAGCAGCAGCAGCAGCAGAGUCAUCGUCUUCUGUUUGGACAAACGGCAGCAGCAUCAGUUCUGUGAAUGCUAUAAAGUCAGAGCUGUACCUGAGUGGUGUCCUGUCUCACUGCGUUCUCAUCUUCUCUCUGGACUCCAGCCGACUGAGGCCAUACUGGAAAGAACUGUCCACUCUGACUGAGAUCACCAGCUCCUGUUGUUUGGAUGUUGUUGCUGCUGCUGACCAGCAGGAGACGUUUCUCUCACUCUUCCUACCGUCACUUGUGGACAGUCUCCUCUCAUUGGCUGCUCAACUGAUUGGUCAUCAUAAAGAGUGUGUGUCUGUGCUCAGGACGGUGAUGGACUCAGUCAGUCGUCUUCUCUCUGCUCACCCUCGGCUUACAUCAAAGGUCUUUGACUCUGUCCACUAUGAACACAUCACCAUGUGUGAUGACAUCACUGUGAUAUUGACUUGCAUCAACAUGUGGACUCAAACCUGCAGUAUCAGCAGGAACUUCCUGUCCAGCCUCAGCGAUGAUUCCCUCCUAUUGAUUCUCAAUGAGGCUGUCGGCCAAUUAGCUGUCAGCUCAGAGUCUUCAGUUGGUGCAGCUGAGGUCAGACUCAUUCUCCUCAUGGCGGAUCAGCUGCAGCUGCGUCUGCAGCCCCUCCUUCUAAGCUUUAAAGGUCUGGACCACCUUCUUGACAAAGACUGGAGAGGCCAAGGUUUUGAUCAGGACCUGGAUCAGCUGAUCAGGCUGGUGCAAUCCGAAAGAAACAGCAACAUAAGAGGGAAUUUGUCUCAGGACAGCAGUGAGCGCAAACAUACAGCAGCAUGUGUGAUCCAGGCUGCAUGGCGCUCAUAUUGGACCAGACGCAGAGUCAAAAGUUUGAGCCGAGUGGUGAGCUUACUGCAAAGAAAGUACAGAGCCCGCAGGAGGCAACAGGAGCAGCAGAAGGAGGCACAGAGGUGUGAGGAGGAGCUGAAGUACCAGAUAUGUUUGCAGCGUAAACAGGCGAGGAGAGCGUUUCAUGAAAAACAAAAACAGUUGCUGCAAUUGCUGCCCCCUGCUCAGGUUCAGUCGUAUCUGUCAGAGUGUGAACGCAGAGCUGCUGUGAUGAUACAGAGAAUCUGGAGAGGCUACAGAGAAAGACAACGUUACAACAACAGCACAGUCAGAACAUCACUGAGACAAGAGAGAGCUGCUGUGGUACUACAGAGAGCGGUGUGUAAUUUUCUACAAAGACGACGAGUAGCCAAAUCCACAGCCAACAAUCAUUUAUGGAUUCGUCACAAAGGUUUGACAGACAGUAGGAGAGCGGAGCUGAAGAAGGAGGUGGACGAACAUGUGGCUGUUCAUCCUUCAUCCAGAGUGUCCCGUGAGGAAUGCGAGCGCCUCCAUGAAGAGGUGCAGCUGCUCCUCCAGAUGGAGCUGCAGACAGGAGUCCACAGGAGGAGGAGGGAGGAGCAGAGGGUGGAGUUCCUGCUAGCUCAUACACACACACUGCUGCAGCAGCUAAGAGAUGCCCCGCCCCUUUCUGUUGUCACGGCAGCAGAUGUGGACACCUUCUUGAGUCCAUCUGGUGUAGUAGCUGCCCGUGCACGUGAUGCCCACAAUGCAGCACUACAGGCCAGUCGUUUGCCCUGGUGGAAGGUUCUGGGAGAUGCUCAGGACACGCCCGACCCUUCGUGUUAGCUGAAAGAGUUUGAAGCACAGCUGGGAGAACUGUGUGUGGGCAGAUCUGUGUGUAAAGGAUGAAAGACAGAUUUAGGUUGAUUGUACUGGCACCAAAUGACAAUUGAAGUGAAGUGAACUCUCCUUCAGAGCAUUGUACUUUUUUAAAACUUUGUUAAAUUGAGUACCGGUGUUUUUUAUUUCGGUUUUAUCACCUCGGUUGAAUUGCACUGAAAACCUACCUUUACAUCAAUUAAAAAUUAAACCCAGA